CCUAUUUCCCGGACGCAUCCGCUUUUCCCCCUAAUGAUAGGUGUGCUUUAAUUUCUCAAUGAAAACACGAACAGUUCUCUGCCGUUACAGAUAGCCAGGAGGGGACGGCAUGUUUAUGAUCUCGUGAUUGAGGAAACAUCCAGAUAUAUCAGAAUGAUACAAAACAAACAAAUGACAUGAUAUCCGACUGCAGCUGCAGGACAUCCGAGACACCACUCUUAAGUUUAGAGUGCGAGCGCCACUUCCGGGCUCGUCACAGCUGGUAUAGUGGAGCGAGACGUCGGCGUGAGGAGCGCGAGCAGCGGAGCGGUGGCGGUCAGCAUACCCGGGCUGCUGGAGGAUACCAUGGCCGCUGGGAAGGGAUCUGGGAAGCCCGCCUCGAUGUGGGACAAUAUGCGGAUACGGUUCAUCGUUUGCUUCCUCGGAGUCUUCGUGUGUUACUUUUACUACGGAAUACUACAAGAGACCAUCACUCGAGGUGAUUAUGGUCAGGGAGACCAAAAGGAGAAGUUCAGAUUCGCCCGGACAUUGGUCUUCAUCCAGUGCGUUGUCAGUGCUCUGUUUGCUAAGAUCUUGAUCCAUUUUUUUGAGGGCUCCAAGCCGGAUCACACCAAGAACUGGCUCUAUGGGCUUUGCUCGCUCUCCUAUCUUGGAGCCAUGGUGUCCAGUAACUCUGCCCUUCAGUAUGUCAACUACCCCACCCAGGUGUUGGGUAAAUCCUGCAAGCCCAUACCAGUGAUGAUCCUCGGUGUGACAAUACUGCGGAAGAAGUACCCGCUGGCUAAGUAUCUGUGUGUGCUGCUUAUUGUGAGCGGUGUAGCGCUGUUCCUCUACAAACCCAACAAGAGCUCAGCUGUUGCAGAUGACCAUGUUUUUGGGUUUGGAGAGAUUCUGUUGCUGGUCUCUCUGACAUUGGACGGGUUGACUGGCGUGGCCCAGGACCACAUGAGGUCUCGCUUCCAGACGAGUGCCAACUACAUGAUGCUGAACAUCAACUUGUGGUCCACCCUGGUGCUGGGGCUCGCGGUUUUGACGACGGGGGAGAUAUGGGAGUUCCUGAGUUUUACCGAACGCCACCCGAGCAUCGUCUAUAGCAUUCUUCUGUUUGGACUGACCAGCGCUUUAGGCCAGACCUUCAUCUUCAUGACGGUAGUGUACUUUGGGCCUCUGACCUGCUCCAUCGUCACCACCACGAGGAAGUUCUUCACCAUCCUCGGCUCUGUUAUUCUGUUUGGCAACGUCAUGAGUACGAUGCAGUGGUUAGGCACCAUCCUGGUGUUCCUCGGUCUCGGGUUUGAUGCUAAAUUUGGCAAAACCCCCAAGAAGACGACGCACUAAAACAUCAGGAGCGCACAAGAAAAAGACAAGAAGAUUGCAAAUGGAAACACUCUAUAGCCAGUAUCUUAUUAUCAUAAGACGUCCAGUACAGGCACACUGUAUGUGCCUAUGAUUUGUUUAAGUAUGGUCAGAUAUUUAUCCAAACUGUACAUAAAAGAGAGUCCAGCUUCUGUAACAUACGGUUGAUGUAUCAAAGAGUGACGUUUUACUUGGGAUCAAGUCCUGACUGAACUAUGACAAGCCAUUAACAUUUUUUUUUACCACACUUUCGUGGAGGAUUUGGACUGGCUGAAAGACGUAAGGUGGAAAAUACUGUAUUUCGACAAAUCUUUUACGUUUCUGAAACCAGCUCACCUCCCUUGCAAGGUUAUUGAAACCAAACAAGGCCUAAAACAUAUGUUUCCAGCAUUUAACAUUUGAACUUGCCAACAAGUAAGGCUUGGUUUACAAAUUGUUGCUUGAAUAUGUGUAAUCAUCACAUAUGUAUUUUAUUUCUUGGCAAACAAGAAUCAUUUCAUUUAUAAAAUAUAAAUGGUUGUAUGUAGCCUGUUGUGUUAUGUCCAAUCUUACUAUUGAAUUGUUUUUGUUAUUUUUUACAAGUUGAAAAUAACUUGCCAUAAAAGGGAAAUUGUGAUAUUUCAUGGUUACUUUAUUUGUCUAUAAUGCAGACCUCACUUGAUUGGUUCACAUCAGUCAGUUGAGAUACUCACCUCUGCUUGUUGGAAAAUGGCUGUAAAAUAGCCAAAAACUCUUAAAGCCAUUACCAGCAGCAAUUUAUGUAUCUCUUUGCCAACAAAUAAAAACUGAUGUUACUAUCUUGUUUUACCCCAUAUCACUUAAUUUAUGGGGGAAAGUAACAUUUACUCUAGUACUAUACUUAAGUACAAUUUUGAGGUCGUUGUACUUUCCAUUUUCUGCUAAAUAUUGUUCUCUUUACUCCACUAGUGGAUUCAGAUGAAAACAAAAUCAAAUGAACAAAUACAAUCUGAUGUAUUUUUAUAUAUCAAGCUAUCCAGCAGAAUAUCAAUUUAUUAAAACUAGCUCCAACUUUACCAGCUGAAACAUAAAAAGUGA